AUGUCGGUAACACUGGUUUUCUGUGUUUGUUGCAGACUGGUGGCCCUCUUCACACUCUCCCUCUGCCGCACUGACCCCCUACAUGCCCAGGAACAGUGCUCAAAUGGCUUCCAGAUAGACAGAGCAACCGGGGAAUGCUUAGACAUAGAUGAAUGUCGGAUCAUCGCCGAUGCUUGCCGUGGAGACAUGGCCUGUGUCAAUCAAAAUGGUGGCUAUCUCUGCAUCCCCCGGUCAAGCACUUUCAGAGCACCGUACCGCACCCCUUACCUCCCCGCUGUCUCGCCUCUGGCUCCUCCGAUCUCAUCCCCCAACUUCCCGUCACCAUCCCGACCCCUCAUAUGUCGCUUCGGCUACCAGAUGGAUGAAAACAGCCAAUGUGUCGAUAUUGAUGAGUGUGCGAGUGAAUCUCAUCACUGUAACCCCACCCAGGUGUGUAUAAACACGGAGGGAGGAUACACAUGCUCCUGUACGGAGGGGUAUUGGCUGCUCGAGGGACAGUGCUUGGACAUUGAUGAAUGCCGAUACGGGUACUGCCAGCAGCUGUGUGCCAACGUGCCCGGUUCUUACUCCUGCACGUGUAACCCGGGAUUUUUGCUGAACACAGAUGGAAGAUCAUGCCAAGACGUUGAUGAAUGUACCACACAGAACCCAUGUGUCCAAAACUGCGUUAACACUUACGGUUCGUAUUUGUGUCGCUGUGAGCCAGGCUAUGAGCUGGAUGAAGACGGCAUCAACUGCACUGAUAUGGAUGAAUGCAGUGUUUCAGAGUUCCUUUGCCAGCACCAUUGUGUCAAUGAGCCCGGAUCAUACUACUGCAGCUGUCCGAACGGCUAUGUGCUGCUUGAUGACAGUCGGACAUGUCAAGAUAUCGAUGAAUGUGACACGGGGAACAAUACCUGCACUGCUCAGCAGACGUGCUUCAACAUCCCUGGAACCUACAAGUGUUUAGAUCCCGUGCGAUGUGAGGAGCCGUACAUCCAGAUCAAUGACAAUCGCUGUAUGUGUCCUGUGGAGAACCCCACCUGCCGGGACGAGCCUUUCACCAUUGUGCACAGACACAUGGACAUCUUUUCCAACAGCCGGGUCCCUUUAGACAUCUUCCAGAUGCAAGCCACCAGCCGCUACCCCGGCGUCUACUACAUCUUCCAGAUCAAAUCCGGAAAUGAGGGGAGAGAAUUCUACAUGAGGUGAAUAACAUUGAUUAUCGGGUUACAAUGGCACCUGGAAGUGGGGAAAGGGCCACGUGACCUGGUCUUGGACCUAGAGAUGGUCUCCGUGAACACCGUGGUCAACUUCAGAGGCAGCUCCAUCAUCCGCUUGAGGAUAUUUGUGUCUCCGCAAUCGUUCUGAGCCAGUUCUUAUUAAUGUGAUGACAUCGCCCCUGUCCUGGUGCGCAGUCUUGUCAGGUUACAUGCCUAGGAGGCACCCCGGGUGAGCCCAGCUAGACGUGU